AAAUAAAUAAAUAACUCUUCUAUAUUUAACUGAUAAAUCAAACUUAACAUUUCAUUUUUAUAAUAUUAGCAGCUCCAUGGAGUUACUAACAUGGGCUACCUUCUUUUUCUACUGUACAAUUGGUUUUGGCACUAGACUUGGGGCAAGGGCAACUCUGGAGCCAAAAUCUCAGGGAUCAGAAGCAGAAGCUCUUCUAAAAAGUGGGUGGUGGAGUGACUAUCCCGCUAAAUCUGCACAUCAUUGCAGCUGGCCUGGUGUAACAUGCGACGGUACUGGAAGCGUCACCGAGAUUCAUUCAUCAGAUUAUCUCAAUGUGACUGAAAAGUUUGGAAAUAUGAACUUUUCUUCCCUCCCCAAUCUUGUUUGGCUUGAUCUCAGCAGUCUAGGAAUGGAGGGGAGCAUCCCACCUCAAAUUGGUGCUCUUUCAAGUCUCAAGCACCUAAAUCUGUCCAAUAAUAAUCUAACAGGUGCGUUACCUUCAUCACUUGGAAAUCUCACUCAAUUAAUGGUGCUUGACAUUUCUUUCAAUGAAAUUGAUUCCAUCCCCACAGAACUAGAGGGUUUGAAGAAUCUUGUCUCCUUGAAUUUGACUAGGAAUUACUUUGUGGGAUCGAUUCCUCCAACUCUAGGCCAUUUGACCAAUCUUGCAUACUUGCACUUGGCCUCAAAUCCUUUUCUUUGUAGCAUCCCUCCAGAAAUAUGGAACCUGAAAAAUCUCAUAGACUUAGACCUGAGCUAUUGCCAACUAAUCGGUCCCAUCUCUUCUCGUAUCAGUAGUUUAACCCAACUGGUGUCUUUGUCUCUUUCACAAAACAGUAUCAAUGGAUCCAUUCCUUCAGAAAUCGGAAAGCUAAAGAAUUUGGUUACUUUAGAUUUGUCUGGAAACCUUUUUGUUGGUCCUAUACCUUCUUCCCUUGGCCAAUUAACCAAAUUAGUUACCUUGGAUCUAUCUGGAAGCAAGCUCGAUGGUCAAUUAACCAAAUUAGUUAUCUUCGAUCUAUCUGGAAGCAAGCUUGAUGGUCCUAUACCUUUGUCCCUUGGUCAAUUAACCAAAUUAGUUACCUUGGAUCUAUCUGGAAACAAGCUUGAUGGUCCUGUACCUUCCUCCCUUGGUCAAUUAACUAAAUUAGUUACCUUGGAUCUAUCUGAAAACAACCUUUCUGCUCCUAUACCCUCCUCCCUUGGUCAAUUAGCCAAUUUAGUUUAUUUGUCUCUACACAAAAACAUGCUUGUUGGCCCGAUCCCUUCAUCUCUAGGUCAAUUAACCAAUCUGUCAGCUUUGUCCCUUGGAUGGAAUAAAUUCAACAGCUGUAUCCCUCCGGAAUUUGGACAUUUAAGGAAUCUCGACUUUCUGCACAUUCAAAAUGGCCAACUCAUUGGUCAACUUCCUUCAACUUUGGGUCACUUGACAAAUUUGACAUACUUGAGACUUUACAGAAAUCAAAUCAAUGGUUCCAUCCCUCGAGAACUAGCAAAACUUAGGAGCUUGACUUUGUUGGAUCUUGGUGCCAACAAUUUAAGGGGUUCAAUUCCUGCAUCUUUGGGUCUCUUGUCUAAUUUGAACCAUUUGUACCUUGACUCAAAUAGUUUGGAGGGUUCCAUUCCACCGAAAUUAGGAAAUCUAAACAAUUUGCAACUACUGUACCUUAGGGAGAACAAAAUAACUGGUCCAAUCCCUCCCACUCUGUUUCAUUUAACUAAUUUGGAGUACUUGGUUCUUGACUCAAAUCUUUUAGAAGGUUUGAUACCUAGAGAUAUUGGGAAUUUGAAAUCUUUGACAGAUUUGAACCUUUCCCAAAAUAGAUUGAGUGGACCAAUCCCAACUCAGAUUAGGUAUUGCUCCAACUUAAUUGAUUUAUCGUUGAGUCGCAACUCUUUAAAUGGAAGUAUCCCUCCUCAGAUUGGCAAUCUCUCUAUGCUCUGGGGAAUUGAUAUCAGCCAAAACAGAUUGAGUGGACAAAUUCCAACUCAAGUUGGAAAUUGCUUGAAAUUACGAGUGUUGUUACUGAGCAGAAACUCCUUAACUGGAAGUAUCCCUACUCAGAUUGGCAAUAUUGCUAAGCUCUCAAAAAUUGAUAUCAGCCAAAAUAGAUUGAGUGGACCAAUCCCAACCCAAGUGAGAAAUUGCUCGAACUUAGAAGUGUUGUUGUUGAGCAGAAACUCCUUAAGUGGAAGUAUCCCUCCUCAAAUUGUCAAACUCUCUAUGCUCUCACGAAUUGAUAUCAGCCACAAUUCCAUCAAUGGAGAAAUGCCUUUCCAACUUGGGAGUUUAACAAAUUUGGUGGCCUUAGAUCUCAGUUGCAAUCAUCUCUCUGGCCCCAUUGUUCCCAAUCUGCCAGCUCUUUUAGAGGAACUUAAUUUAUCUUAUAAUUUAUUUACGGGUCAUGUCCCAAGUAACUUGCAUUAUAAAUUCCCUCAAAGCUCUUUUGUCGGCAACAAGGAUUUACAUUAUGAACAACUUUCCAGCUCCCUUCCUCUCUCUCCCUCCUUCACUGAACAUAGAAAAGUAAGCAGCAAAAAAUCGAGACAUGAGUCCUUGUUGAGAUCUCUUAAAAUUAUUCUUACCAGCACCAUCUCUCUUGCCUUGGUAUCUCUUGCAUUGUUGUUGCUUUAUCAAAGAAUUCAUGGAGCUAAAAGUAAGGAAGCAGAUGCAAGGCCAACAAAAAAUGGGGAUAUAUUCUCAAUAUGGAACUUUGAUGGAAGGGUUGCAUAUGAAGACAUCAUUGAAGCGACUGAGGAUUUUGAUAUCAAAUACUGCAUUGGUACUGGUGGCUAUGGAAGUGUUUAUAGAGCACUCUUACCAAAUGGCAAAGUAGUCGCUUUGAAGAAACUUCAUCGAAGGGAAGCAGAGGAUCCAACUUUUGACAAGUGUUUCAAGAAUGAGGUUAGGAUAUUGAUAGAAAUACAACAUAAGAACAUUGUGAAGCUUCAUGGAUUCUGCCUGCACAGGAGGAGCAUGUUUUUGAUCUAUCAAUACAUGGAAAGAGGGAGCUUGUUUUGUGUGCUCAGAAAUGACGAAGAAGCUGUGGAGCUAGAUUGGAACAAAAGGGUAAAUGUCAUAAAAAACACAGCGCAUGCUUUGUCUUAUCUUCACCAUGACUGCAUCCCACCCAUCCUUCAUAGAGACAUAUCAAGCAACAACAUUCUAUUGAACUCGAAAUUGGAGGCUUUUGUUUCCGACUUUGGAAAUGCUAGGCUUUUGGAUCCAGAUUCUUCCAAUCAUACCACACUUGCUGGCACAUAUGGUUAUAUUGCCCCAGAGCUUGCCUAUACAAUGGCUGUGACUGAGAAGUGUGAUGUUUAUAGCUUUGGAGUUGUGGCAUUAGAAGUAUUGAUGGGAAGGCAUCCCGGAGAACUAUUGACAUUGUCAUCGUCACUCUCUUCCUUGCAAACUGUGAUGCUAAGUGAUAUAUUAGAUACGCGUCUAUCUCCUCCAAAAGGCAAAAAUGUUACCCAAAAUAUUGUGGUUGCUGCUAUGCUUGCCUUUGCUUGCUUGCGUGCAAAACCUAGGUUUAGGCCAACAAUGAAAUUUGUGUCUCAACAAUUUUUUACCAGCCAAAAACCACUUCUGAAGCCUUUUCCAGUUAUUUCUUUAUUGGAGUUGGUGAAUAGUGAUUUGGGAAUGGAAAAUAGAAGAGAAUCUCAAUUCGAAGUUUCAGGUCAUCAAGAUUAGCAUCAUGGCUCUCCCUCAAAUUAGAUGCGAGCGAGUAUCCGCUAGGUCAUCAUUUUUUUUCUUUCCUUUUUUGUUUUUUAGUUCAGUUUGUCCCUUUUCAUGCAACAAUUUUCAAUUAGAAAUGUUUAAAUGAAGUUUGUGAGGAAAUUCUCACUACUAAAAUUCUUGCUUUCAA